CUACUGGAUCAUUUACUGGACAUAAUAUGGCUCAGGAGAUAAAGGUGAAAGUUAACAUGCAUAGUCAAAAAUGCAGGAAGGAUGUAAUGAAGACAGUCACUAAACUAUCCGGUGUUAAUGAGGUAUCGGUAGAUUUAGCCAAGGAGAUGUUAGUUGUGAUUGGAGAUGUUGAUCCCGUUUCCAUCGCAACUUGUUUGAGGAAGAAACAAUGGGUGGCUAAUAUUGUAAGUGUUGGACCUUAUAAAAAGAAGGAGAAGGAAGCCGAUAAACCGAUUGGUUUUCCUAUAAUGUAUUAUAACAAUCCAUGUCAAAAUGGAUAUGGACAAUUUGUGUAUGGGCAUCCACCAUCCCAUGAUGGUGGAGGAUGCAACAUUCUUUAGAAUGAUGCACAAGCUAUAUAUUGUACAAGACCAAAUUCUAAACAUCAUACCAAACUUUUAGAAG